GGUACCGCAUUACUGGGUUACAACGUAGUGCAUGAGUACUCCAUCUCCCAUUGAGAAGAAUCACUCCUGAGACGUCAACAUGUCCGCGCAAUCCGGAUCGAAGCCUGUGAAAAAGAGAGCUGGCAGGAAACGACAACCACCCCUGGCUCCCGGUCCUGCCCUACAGUUUGUGGUAGCCAGUCAUCCGAGCCAAUUUAAAAAUGAGAACACAAUGAGGCAUGUACGUUCGCACGUCAUGUACAAGCAUCGCGGCGAACAACGAGGAGGCUCCCCGACAGAAGGAUCGCGAAGCCGGCAGAGCUCAGCGGCAUUGACUAGAACCCCUAGCCCCAUGACAACAAGCUCAGAUGGAGCACUCGAAGAUACGUUCAAUCUGCCACCGGCAGCUCGGCUACGCAGCACUGUCUGGGAUGACGCGUGGUACCAGUACAUGUCUCAAUCCCCGUCAAUCGACCCAUUGCGCAACCUCGCUGCUCGUAUCAUUGCAGCUACCACGGCCGAACCAGCACGAAGCGCUCCUCCAACCUUCGAACACGAAUCCGAGUACCCAUUCCCAUCGGCCGCGACUUUUUCAGGGUCCGAAAACUUGGACGAACUGCGAGAGAUCUUUCUCAAAACCUCGAAUCUCAUCGACGGAGACGACCUCUCGGCUUGCAGAUGGAUGAGAAUGAUGUGCAGCAACCGAAUGUCUUUCCUCAGUCAAAUAAGUGUUGUUUGUGUCUACCAAGAUGUUGCGGAGGGCUUCCUCGACGAUACAGCUCUCACAAUAUACGCCAAAACCAAGCUGAUGAAGACGAUAAAUGAUAACCUCAACACGCAUACGGACGACUUCACCAUACUCAGCAUAGUGAACCUCCUGGUAAGCGAGAUUGGGGGACAAAACGAAGAUGUGUUCGAUGUGCACCAAGAAGGCCUGGUCCGGAUCGUGCAGCAGAGAGGUGGUAUCGCCAAUCUCGGUGUCGAUUACUACAUUGCUACUUUUCUCAUUGUUGUCCUACUCAGCUUUACGGUGUUGCGAGGUCGACCGGAACCUGCGAUGCUACAAGGUUUCACGCCCGAGCCAUUGAGCCGUAGCAUCGGAUCACAUCGUCCCAUAUCGCCGUUGUACGCGCCCGAAGGAAAUAUCUCAGGCAUAUACGGUCGCUGCUCAGUUGAUACAUUUGAGAUCCUCCAAGACAUGCACGAACUUACACGGACAUUCCUUAGCCGUUGGAGCUAUCCGGAAUCUGAGGACGCAGUGGCAGACUCACGCCUGGAGCAGAUCUACACUCGGCUUCUUUACCGCCCUUCUACCGAAGAUAACGUAUUGCGUGACUGGAUUUACGAGAGUUGUCGCAUUGCAGCCCUGAUUUACUGCCGUUCAAUAGUCCAGGGUAUGCCGCUUUCACAGUCGGCAAACGUCAUGCACGCGCGAAGUUCUGGCUCGGGUACAGCAACCAGCCUCAUAACAGCUCUCCACCGCGCAGUUGAACAGACAGACAGAGCGGGACACUGGGGGGACAUGAGUGGCGCUCUACUUUGGGUGUACCUGGUCGGUGGAGCUGCAUCAUGGCCAUCUUUUCAGCCGCUAUACGUGGAGCUUCCAGAGCCUCAAUCGUCAACGGCGUGGACGAGGAAGUGGUUUGCUCUGCAUGCAGUGCGGACAUCGCUUUCGAUCAACUUUGAUCACGCCGAUGCUAUCGUCGAGUCUCAAAGAACGAUGCUGCAGGUUCAGCACAUGAUCAGCUUGAGAAGAGGAGGUCCGCGUUAGGAAGUACUUAGAUUACGUGCGUAGUAUCUCGGAUGCACUGGUCAGACCAACAUCCAUACGAGGUCAGCUGACGACAGCGCAACUUUACCGCAGCCACACUG